AAUAUUGAUAUUUCCACAUAAAAUUAUCGAGAAAAUCAGGCACACGUUUAGCGAGAUAUAUCACCUCUCAACCCGACCGUUCGACUGAGGUCUAAAAAUAAAGAACGCGUCUCGUUCCGAGUUACGCACGCAAUUAGCCAAAACUACUUAGCACCGACUAAAUACAUAUGCACAAUGACAGGGCUCCCGAAAUGAGGGAAGAAUUCACCUCUUCCUCUGCCAGCAUAGGUGCUGGCGAGUAUAUUUUUGUAUAAUUGCUCCUCAGUGCGUUUUGGGCAUCCACGCCGCUAGGAACUAUUCACCAACUGAAUAGUUUUCUCUACCCCGACCAGGCACACCACCACGUAAUCGAUGCAAGACCUAAGCGAAAAUAUUCAGCAGGUGCACAAUGAGAAGCUGGGCAGGCACUUGGUAGCCGGGCUGGCUAUCGAACCGGGGGAAACGCUGCUGGAGGAACGCCCUUUGUUGGUAACUCCCCACUGGGAGUGUGGCCAGCUCAAGUGUGCCCAGUGCCUGCAGGAAUCGUAUGUGAUGUGCCGCAAGUGUCAGGUGUAUCCCCUUUGCAUGGAUUGCGGUCAGCACGAUGACUUCGAGUGCGAGUUCUUUGCCUCCGGAGCGGGGAAGUCGAUCUGCAAGGAUCUCCUCGUGAAGAAUUAUGGAAUAUGUGGAUUGUUGAAGCUAUUACUGUUGCUGGAAGAUCCAGCUACUAGGCCCGACUGUCAGUUGCUCAUGGAGAAGCCUAUUAAUUUGGAGGAUUACCACGAUGGAGAAGGAAUGUGGCAGGAGCAUGAGGAGCAGGUGGUGCGUCCUCUUAUGGAAAGCGGUAUUGUGGAUUUGCUUCCCACACAGCACUUGACAUCUGAUGUGCUCCAUGCCCACUGCAUCCGCAUCGAUAGCCAUGCAUUCGAAGUGAGUGCAAGGGAUGGCGACACCCUCAAAGGAGUCUUUGUGUGCGGCGCCAGUUUGCCUCAUCACUGCGUUCCCAACACUGUGGUGGCUCUAGACGAGCAGUUUAACAUGAAGCUUUACGCAGCAGUUCCCCUUCAGCCCGGCGAUAUAAUCUACAACUCGUACACGAAUCCCUUGAUGGGUACCAGCCAAAGACAGCACCAACUCCGGAUGAGUCGGAGACUGGACUGUACCUGCUCUCGCUGCCAGGAUCCCACCGAGAGGGGCACACACAUGAGCAGCAUGAAGUGUCGCGAGUGCGCCGAAGGAUUUGCCGUCUGUGAGAUGGAUGCCAAUGGGAGACUUGGAGAUUGGCGCUGCCUGGACUGUAAGAGUGUCUUGCCGGCCGAUAGUGUGCACGAACUGCUGGCCGAGGUUGGUGGAGCUUUGGUUGAUGCCCGUGGCGAUCUGCAGGUCUACGAAUCCCUGCUAGCUCAAUACCGGCAACUAUUCCACCCAAAUCACUUCCUCCUGCUGGACAUCAAACAGAACAUAGCCACCAUUCUUCGAGCUGCUGCCCUAAUGAACUCCGUGGAGCAGCCGUGCAAGAAACUACUGGCCCGCCGUGUGGAAUUGUGCUCCGAUCUGCUGCCCGUCUGCCGGGCUGUUGUCCCGGGUCUCUCCAAGCUUUACGCCAUUGGUCUUUUCGAGUAUCUGAUCUCUCUCGUGGAGCUUAUCGAGCUGCAGUUUGCCGAAAGUGAUCUGGACAAGAAGGGAUAUGUGGCUCAACUUAGGAUCGCCAGUCAGGCGGCAAAGGAAGCAAUGGAGCUACUCCGCUUCGAGCCCGAGAACUCCGCCGAGGGCUACUUAUCCGAGCGUAUUGCCAUGGAACUGGAGCGCAUUGAAUCCGAUUUGAAGAAAUACGGCAGAUAGUUUUGUUCUGUCCGCAAUCGAUAUUGUUUGUAAACGCUUCGCUCGCAGUGUUGUUGCGGCGAAUUUUAAAUUUAAAAUAAAUUAGAUUAGUCCAAUGGAA